UCGUGGUACCCAGCAACUUCCGUUGCUUCUCAGAAAUGCAAGCGGAAGUAGACGAAUCUGAGCGUUUCGCACCAGGAGGUCACACUGCGCAAGGUCAAUUUGGCGCUUCAACCGAGACGCUGAACAUGCCUGGUCUUGUCCAACAGACGAAUUCCUCGCCGGCCGUGCAAGACAUGGAUGCUGAAGGACAAGCUCUAUCUGCAGCCGACAAAAAGCGCAACAAAUUGGGGUACCAUCGGACUGCGGUCGCUUGUGGACAUUGUCGACGUCGUAAGAUUCGAUGCGUGCUUGCAUUCGACGACCCGGCUGGUAGAUGCCAGAACUGCCUCCGGUUGAGAAAAGACUGUCAGUUUUACCCUGUUGACCAACAGAAUCCGACUCCGGGUAAGCGCGCUCGAUCAAGUACAAAGUCUGAGGGCCUCUUCAACGAGGGUGACGCCUCGGUUGCCUCAUCCUCACCCGGUGGUGUCCUCAGAAGCAAUUCUUUUGAACGUAUUGAUCAAGGAGAAGGCCUUGAAUAUCCCAGCCCCUUCGACCACCACCAACAGCAGCAUGGGCAUGUCGUCACACCUUCACCAUAUCUCAACGACUCGCCGCGACAUUAUCCGACAGAGUCGAUGAGUUCGGGGUAUUAUCCGCACUACGGGAAUGCACCUUCAGGGCCAUAUUCUUCGGUGUUCGCAACCGGGUCGUUGCCUUCAACGAUGACGACGAUGUCACGAGAGAGCGCGUACCGCUAUCCAACUGCACAUUCCAAUGAAGCGUUCAACUGGGGCCACCCACCCGCACGAUCUAUGUCGGGUUCGGAGUCUGAAGAAAUGCAACAUGGUUUCCCUGCCGCAUACCGAAGUCAUACCUAUCCAACAGUAGAACGAAGGAUGACGGCAGACCUGCAGCAGAUGCCUCCAGCAAGCCACAGUCUCAUGCCCGCUGGGCUAGACAACCCGCAAGGCUCCAUCCCUCCAAGCUUUCGCGAACCCGCUUCAUAUCAGCCAGUACACGUGGACAUGCAACACGGCUGGACAGGAGGAGGGCCUGGUCAAGCACCGCAGCUUACUGGGUCUACCACGACUGCAUAUUCCCAGGGCUGGUACCCGAACGCAUCGGGGGUGACUGAUAAUAGAGAAGAGGAGGGCCAUCCACACAUACUGCUGUCACAAAGCCAUGAUCCUCGCGCAAUUCAACAUAAGCCAGGUUGA